ACAAACGGCUUUCCAAGAAUUCUCCCACAUGGGAGAGCUAAAAACUGACAUUUUCCAAAUAAAAUAAUACCGUCAACAGAGGACAAGACAACUACAAGAACAUAGUUCGAUAUUCACUAUGCCAAUUCUUUAAAUCUUUCAUUUUCUUUCCAAAGACCAAUCAGUGACACUCAAACUCAGUAGGAGAUGGGGCGAGUAGGGCUUGCUCAAAACUUCAAAGCCAAUUGUUUCCUUCACUCCUCUAAAUCAUUACAUACGCAAGUUCCCAAAACUCCACUUUUUCCACUCAAUUUCAAGAACCCCAAAGUCAUCACAUCUUGCAUGGCAGCAGCUAUUCCAGCGUUGACACCUACAAGCUUUGGGUUCAAGAAUUUGAUGGAAACAGUAACAAUUAAUGUUCAUAAAGCAGAAGGGAGGCCAUUGAAUGUACCUUUACUUGCUCCUUUUACAAUUGCAACAUCAAGACUAGAAAAAGUGGAAAACGUAGCUAUAAGAAUAGAGUUAAGUAAUGGUUGUGUUGGUUGGGGUGAAGCUCCUAUUCUUCCAUUUGUUACUGCUGAGGAUCAACAAACAGCUUUAGUAAAAGCUGAAGAAGUAUGUGAGUUCUUGAAGCAGAGUCGUGAGAUGACUUUAAAUCUUGCAUUGACGAAGAUUGGAGACAUGCUUCAUGGACAUGAUUUUGCUUCUGUCAGGGCAGGAGUUGAGAUGGCACUGAUUGAUGCAGCUGCGAACAGCACCGGAAUACCUCUGUGGAGACUAUUUGGUGGAGUAUCUAACUCAAUAUCUACUGACAUCACAAUUCCGAUAGUUUCACCCACGGAAGCUUCUGAACUGGCUUCAAAGUAUCGUAAACAAGGUUUCAGGACUUUAAAGCUUAAGGUGGGCAAGAAUUUGAACGCAGACAUUGAAGUACUUCAAUCCAUACGUGCAGCACAUCCUGAUUGCUUGUUUAUCUUAGAUGCUAAUGAAGGUUACACAGCAAAUGAAGCUAUUAAAGUCCUGGAAAAGUUGCAUGAAAUGGAUGUGACUCCGGUGCUUUUUGAACAACCUGUUCAUAGAGACAAUUGGGAAGGUCUUGGUCAUGUCAGUAAGAUCGCAAAGGACAAAUAUGGUGUGGCUGUUGCUGCUGAUGAAAGCUGUCGAAGUUUGGUUGAUGCUAAAAAGAUAGUGCAAGAAAGUCUUGCGGAUGUCAUUAAUAUUAAGCUUGCAAAAGUUGGGGUCCUUGGGGCUCUGGAAAUUAUUGACUUGGUUAGGUCCUCGGGCUUAAAUCUGAUGAUUGGUGGUAUGGUUGAAACCAGGCUUGCCAUGGGCUUUGCUGGUCAUUUAGCCGCUGGCCUUGGAUGUUUCAAAUUCAUUGACCUAGACACACCCCUUCUGUUGGCAGAAGAUCCAGUUUUGGGGGGUUAUGAAGUUUCUGGACCUGAUUACAACUUCUCAAAUGCUAGAGGUCACGGUGGUUUUCUUCACUGGGACAAUAUUGCAUGACAAUAGUUGUGGAGUCUGUUCACUCUUCAGGAUUGUCAUUCACAGCAGCCAACCCCUUUAGUUCCAAACUAUAUAUAUGAAUGUGUAACUCGUAGAGUAUUAGUCGAUGCCACGUUUGAAUGUUUAUGUGCCAAAGAUUGAAACACAAUGCUAGGAUAUCCAAUCUUUGGGGUGAACAAAUAUGUAAACGUCUUUUGUCUGUUGAAAUUGGUAUGAGUAGAGAACGUCUUGCUUGA